UUAGGCGCUACAUUUCGAGGGUUUCUCCUAUGCUUUCCAGAUUUGGAUUAUGCCGGAUUUUGGAGAAAUAUGUGGCAGCAAAGUCCCAGACAGUUUCAGCGGUCCAAGGUGUGGUAAUUGGAAAGGAGUUGCAAAAGUUUCUUAUGAAGACAUCAUUCAACUUGAGGAAUCGUUUACUAAGAAGGGAGACUUGUUCUCGGUAAUUUCAGUGAGUGGCAAUGGUGAUGUGUUGAGGCAUGCUGAUUAUACAAGGAAGGAUGAGAUGGAAGAUGAACGUGUGGACCUUCUUCUUGAUAGGAUUAAAAACAAGUUUGAUUGGAGCAACACAGAAUGACCAGUUAUAGAGGCUGAAGAGACUGAGAUGGAGGAAGCCGAUACAUAGUCAGAAGCUGAUAAGAGUGUGGAUGAUACUGAUAUUGCAGCAGAUGUGGAGACAUCUUCGGUUAAUGUUGCUGGAAGAAGCAAGAGAAAGAUUCAGGAUGAAGGAGCCGAGACAAGAAAGAAAAAGUUGCUGUGUAAGCGAACAACAGAAAAAAAACAGAGUAUUGAUCGUGAAACUAAGAGUUUCAUUGAGGGUUUAGUUCACUCUUCUGUCAAUUCCUUGGGAGAUAUACUCAGAGCGCAAAUGGCGAGUAUGGAGAGCAUGUUCAAAGAGAGGAUGGGCAACAUGGAGAGCGAGGUUUCACAGCUCAGGGAAGCAAUCAGUUUGAGUGCCGAAGGAAGCGUUCCUAAGAGCAAAACCGAUGAAGAUCCGCCUAAGACCAAAACCGUUCAAGCUCCAGCAAAGAAAAAGGUCAAUCAAGCUCAAGCUCCAGCAAAGAAAAAGUUACAUGAUGAGGAAAUAGAUCGAGCCGGAGAAGACUCACCAGAUGCGGCAUUGGUGUAUCUUCGUGAAGAGGAUUGGGAAAAAGUUAGCACUUGGUUAGCUAAAUCCAAAACCAAGUGGCUUCAUAACUUGGAGAUUGACGCCAUGAUGUAUGUAUUUCGGGAGAGAACAUCUCUGAAACGAUGGGAACUUCAUCGUGUCGCCUUCAUGUCUGCUGUCUUCAGCAACAUGAUUAAAAAGGAGUAUGAGAGUUUCAAGGCGGGUAUAAGAAAAUACAAGCUUCAUCAUUUGCUACUGCAAUACGGCAAAGGGGUCCUUCCACCACAUGGACGGACACAAGAGAUAUGGAAUGUAGAUGUGGAUUGGCUGUAUGUCCCUGUUCAUGUUAGCGGGAAUCAUUGGAUUUCAUUGUGUAUCAGUGUCGUGACGAGGAGCAUUGAUGUGUUUGACUGCUCGGGCAGAAAAAGGUACAAGGAGGUGGAUGCGUUCGCAAACCUUGUUCCUCGUAUUGUCAAGGCAGUUCAGCCACCGAGAUGCCACAAGGAUUUCAAUGUUGCUGCAUAUACGGUUCACUAUGUCCCCAUGGGUAAGCUGAAUAAAAGUGCAUGUGAUUGUGGUGUCUAUACAAUAAAAUUCAUCGAGUGCCAUUUGCUUGGAUUGAAGUUGUCCGUGGUGAAUGAUGGUAACAUCAAAGAAGCUCGCCACAGAGUUUUGUGGGAUCUAUAGGAAGCAGCUAACGUCCCGGAACUGGUUGACAGGAUGUCAAAUUAUGAACCUCCAGAGUGUCUCUCUUCAACCGUAGAAGAGAUUCUGUGAGAAUCGAUUUUUAAAUGUAAAUAGUUCGGCUUUAAUUCUAACUUUUAGGAGAAAAAUGCUUAAUCUAAUGUGUUUCUUCUAGUGUUUUAUUAGGAACAUGAAUGCUUAAUCUAAUGAAUU